AUGGAGCUCUCGUCGCCCCUGUCGGACGUGUGCGCCGUGUCGUCUCCAGCCUCGUUCCAGACCGCAUUUCAGUCUCCCGAUGCCGCCAACGCAACGAGCGCAUCCGCGACCCCCGCACAACCCAGGCAGAUGUAUUCCCUCGCGAACCAGCUCCCCCGCGAGCUGAAGGAGCACUGCCAAAUCUACCUGGAGGAGCAUCUCUGUGUCCUCCUCACCGCGGGCUACUCGCGCAAGGACGAAGCCAACAGGAAGCCCGUCCACGUCCCGCCGUUGACCCACCUCGCCCUCCUCAGCACGCUGGCCAUCCAUCCGAGCCAUACCACUCGCGCCGCCGGGUCCGACCGUCUCGAGAUCGGCUCGCAGACGCUGGGCUACCUGCGCAACCUGCUCGCCAUCGUCGGCCCCGUCAACGCCGGGUUCAAGGACGCAUUCCAGUUCCACGGGAUCCAGUACGGCCGCCGGAACCGGUACCACGAAGAGGAGGACGACGACCUCGACGGGGACCAGAUCACCAACAACAAACUCGCCGGCGAGGACAGCAUAUGGCAGCGCGCGCAAGACUUCUGGGCCGUCGUCGGCUGGGCCUUCAACUGCAGCAGGAUCCACCCCCACCGCUGGCGCUUCUGGAAGGUCUGGCUGGAGUUCAUGCUGGACGUCCUCGAGACGGACCUGUACGAGCGGAAGCGCAUGGACGAGGACGCGCUGGCCUCCUCGGACGAGCCGCAGGAGUGGACCAACAUGAGCGAGUCCAUCCUCGUCAUGUACAUACGGCAGAAGACCGACUCCGGCAGGGGCGCUCUGCGGAUGAUAUUGCAGGCCGUGUUCGCCGACGGCUCCACCUCGUCUAUGGCCAAGUUCCCCGAGGUUUUCAGCAAGGAGACUAAGGGGCUCGCGAGCGAUGAUAAGAAGCGCAAGCGGACGGCCACGCUCGACAUCGACAACGACCAGUUUGGCGACUACUUCAACGACCCGACGGACUCGGAGCCCUCGGACACGGGCACGCCGGCGACCCAGGCCGAGGGGGCUACCGUGCCAGUGCCGGCCGACUCCAUACCGCUCCGCCUGCGGCUGAUGGAGCUCAUGUCCGAGGUCGCCUACGACCUCCCCGAGAUGUUCAUGGAGCACAACGAAUACAUGUCGGAGCUGUGCCGGCUGCUCAAGCAGCAGCCCCUGUCGUUUUUCCACCAGUUCGUCACCGACAUGGACGUCUACGUCCAACGCUACGAGGGCGCGUUCAAGAUCGACCUCCUGACCAUACAGCUGGACCAGCUGCUGCCCAGCGGGUACGAGGACCCCAGGGCGGUAUGCAAGGGCGAGGGCACCGGCAUCGUCAUCAACGCCGACGUCCUCGAGCAGUGCUAUCUGGGUGCGCACGCAAACACCAUCGACCCGGACGACAACGCCAGGGUGGCGCUGAUCCUCGAGAGCCUGCUCCACGUGCUGUCCGCGGGAGAUAUCAGGGACGCCAGAAACCGGCUCCGCGAGGCGGUGGUUGAGGGCAUCGAGGCGCGCGAGGCCAAGGCCAGGGCCAAGGGCCCGAGCAGGAGGGGUGCAACGGCCGCGAGCCAUCCGGCCCGCGGCAGGAAGGUCCCUAGUGCGCGGGACGCGUAUGCCAGGGAGAUGAUGGACCUGGCAGGGGAGCGCAUGCUGCUGUACAUCGACAUCAUGGCCGCGCAUACGCCCUCGGAGGACGAAGACGAAGACGGCGACGAGGACCAGAAAAUGCGGGACUGA